AUGGAGGUUAAAAUUCUUAUCGAAAGUGAAUUUCCAGUGCCAUAUCAAACAUCAGAUUUAAAAAUAAAUUUAAACAACAUCGAAUGUAUUGGCGAUUUAAAGAAGAAGCUACAACCCUUAUUCAGCGUUGCGGCAUGUGAUAUGUCUGUUUACCACAAGACACGACAGGAAUUGGAAAACAGAGAGAAAAUAUCGAAUUUGUAUGUGCGAGAAGGAGACACGUUUAUUGUUAAAUUUAUAAGCGUGUGCAAUUUACAUUUCUUAUCGAAAUUUCUUGAUGAUAUGAGAGCGUUUGUAAAAGAUGUUUGCGAAGCAUUUUCAGACUGGGAUCGAAUAGUGGAAAAUAUUGAUUGGAAUUCUGAUAGUUUUGCAGUAUUUGACAAUUGUUAUGCAGUUGUAUUAGCAGAUUUGGACAUAUGUAACCAGGAAAUGUUUUCGCCAUGGAAAUCCAAGCCAACAAAUGCAAACAAACAUUAUUUUGUACAAGAAGGUGGAUUGUAUCUGUUGGGUACGAUCUAUAACUUUGCUUCUAAAACGCGUUAUCCAUUGACAGUAUGGUACGUAUUAUGUAAGGGGAUAUGGGCUUGCUGA